AUGACACAUUACCUCUGGGUGGGUUUUAUUCAACUGGAUGAGCAUCAUCAAACAGCUGCAGGAGACCGGAAGCCCCGAGAACCAGGAACCACAGCAACACCCGACACGAUCUGAUGCAGAGGAGGCGACUAUCAGCCAGCCACCACCAACACCUCCACCACCAGCACCACCACCACUACUACAGCAAUCCCACCCCGACUCACACACAUCCAGGGGGACAUGGGAGGCUCCGAGAGCGUCGAGAUACCGGGCGGAGGAACCGAAGGCUACCAUGUCCUCCGGGUGCAAGAGAAUUCCCCCGGGCGGAGAGCAGGACUGGAGCCAUUCUUUGAUUUUAUCAUCUCAGUCUGCGACACUAGACUGGGACAAUGACACGCUGAAGGAGCUGCUGAAGCUGAACGUGGAGAGGCCCAUCAAGAUGCUGUUAUACAGCAGCAAGACGCUGUCGGUGAGGGAGACCACCGUCACGCCCAGUGCCAUGUGGGGGGGCCAGGGGCUCCUGGGGGUCAGCAUUCGCUUCUGCAGCUUCGAAGGAGCCAAUGAAAACGUUUGGCACGUCUUGGAGGUCGAGCCAAACUCUCCCGCGGCCCAGGCCGGUUUGAGGGCUCACGCCGACUACAUCAUCGGAGCGGACGCCGUCAUGAGUGAGAGCGAAGAUCUGUUCUCUGUCGUCGAAACCCACGAGGGGAAGGAGCUGAAGCUCUACGUCUACAACACGGACACGGACAACUGCCGGGAGGUGGUCAUCACCCCGAACUCCGAGUGGGGAGGAGAGGGCAGUCUAGGGUGUGGGAUUGGCUACGGCUACCUGCACAGGAUACCUACCCUGCCAUACGCAGAAGGCAGCAACAUCAGUUUCCCCGCACACGCUCCUGCAGAACCGGCUCCUCCCCCUAAAGACGGCUUCACGGAGGUCCAUCUCUCUGCCGUCGUUCCAACCGUUCCAGUGGCGGUGUCGUCGUCUGCUUCCACUGGAUUAGAGCAGCCUCUCGCUGGCCUGUCGAUCGGCUCCAACCCGGCCGCUGUCCUGAGCAGUGUACAGACAGGAGCUCCUACUGUCCCGCUGCCCAGCCAAGUUACCCCCUCACAUAGUGUUCCACCACUCGUCCAUCCGGCUCCAACACUACCAGGCCUGAUGCCCCUAUCCGGAGGUCUUCCCCCCUUUCCUAAUUUACCAAACCGAAACGUCACCUUGCCAGAUGUUCGUCACGUCUUACCUCCUGGAGUUGGAUUACAGCAUCCAGGUCUUCCACCUCUCAACCUCCCGGGUGUAAUCAGUCCGCCCAACUACGUUUUCCCCCCUUUCGCUGCUAACACAACGCCUGCCGUCCCGCAGGACACCACAUCUCCCUUCUCCACAAUCCCAAUGAACAGUUCACUGACUAAAGCCCCCAGCCCGCCGUCAGCGACCGCCCCUGGAUCAAUAAACAUCACAAUGUCUGUGGACUCAUCUUAGCAGAGAGCACUUUUUAGGGAUGGCAGCUUGCUCUCCAGUCAAUUCGUUGCACCAUUCAGCUGAAUAAUAGCUUCUACACACGCAGUUAGGAUUGUCGGACGAGCUCACAUGAGAUGCUGGAACUGCUGAUCUUCCAAAUGCAGCAGAGCCAAGGCUCUUGUGAAAAUGGUUUGUCAAAAAAAAAAAAAACUCUUUCGGCAGAGUCCAAACAUGCACUCUGCACUACUUCAUAUUGGCUCACUUCUUAGUCAUAGUAAUAGGUGUUACAUUUGGUCAGAUGCUGGAAAAUGGGUUUCUUUGUGUCUUAAGGGUUUGAACUACCUAGAGGGGGUGUUGGAGCUGUAAUUUAUACCACUGGGGAGCUUCCUUUCAGAAAAGCAGGUUUGCAUGCUGCAGUGUUGUAGCCUUCAUUAAACUGUUUUUGUUUUGUACAUUUCUAAAGUGAGAUCACGUUACCUUAAAUAAACUUGUGUAUUUUCUCUA